UCACAGGUAACAUUGCCACUCUCGCAUUCAGCAAAAAAGAACCCUUCCUAGUUCACCUGUCGAGCAAAAGCUGGUACAAUCCACGUUGAUCGAUAAUUUGAGCGGAUCUCCGGCAUCGUAAAUCACAAAGAGUUUCUCAAGCAAAUCUCCGGCUGACAGUAACUGGAAGUAGUUCGGAGUUCUACAGACAAGAAACGAUUAUGCAUAAAACGGCGCAAUCGUGGUUCACCGGAGGCCCGAGCCAGACGAACAGCGAUCUGCUAAAGCAACCUCCUUCUCUUCUUGCUGAUUGGAACGCUUACGCAUCAUCUUCACAAUCUAACCAAGAUCUAGAUUCUUCCAACCUCGGUUUCGAUCUCGAAGCCGCAGUUAGGGAUAAGGUUUCCGGUACUUUCAACGUAGUUUCAAAGGGAGUGAGAGACAUACCUGGAAGCUUGCAAUCAGCCACCAGCAAUGUCCCAACUGGAAAAUCCUUUAUGACAUUUGGCAUACUUCUUGCUGUUGGGAUCUUUCUUGUCUUCAUUGCUAUCACUGUGUUUCUACCAGUCAUGGUGCUUGUUCCUCAGAAGUUUGCCAUAUGUUUCACUAUUGGAUGUGCCCUCAUAAUCGCUUCCUUUUUUGCCCUCAAGGGAUAUAGAACUCAGUUUGCACAUAUGACGUCUAAAGAGAGACUCCCUAUUACAUUGGGGUUUAUUGGUAGCAUGUUGGGCACCAUUUAUGUGUCAAUGGUGCUUCACAGUUAUGUUCUUUCUGUCUUCUUCUCUAUUUUACAGGUCAUCUCUUUGUCCUAUUAUGCAAUUUCCUACUUUCCUGGAGGAUCAGCUGGCUUGAAAUUCUUCACUUCUGCAAUUACCUCUUCAAUUCUGAGAUGCUUUGGGAGGUACUAGCGACGAUCGCGGGAAGGCGCCGACUUGACUCGUACACACACCGAUGGAUUUGGAUAUGUUUUGAUCUUGGGAUGUAAUGUUAUGGAUUGAUAUUCUGGUCAUUAUAUCACUUCAAAUAAAAAUUUCCAACAAUGCUGUCAAAAAAAUAUGUAAAGACAUACACCCCUGUUGUCAUUAUUUAAAAUUUUCUAUGAUCAAAAGUCUGAGUC